UAAUAUAGUGAGGUGCGGUGCCUGGUGGGCUGGGAGUGUUGUGUGCGCGUGUGUAUGAGGCAGUGAGAGAGAGUGGCACGUCCUCCACCUUACAUAACGCCUGCUCCCGUCUGCUGGAGAGCUGCAGCAACGGGGCGAGUACAUGGAGCGCCCCGGAACUGUACGCCCCUCAUUAAUACCGGUGAUAGAGAAAAUGCUGAAGUGGCGUGCACAGUGGCGGGCGUGCCAGUGUGGCCCUCUGGCCCUCUCCUGUGCUACACGCCCGCUCACGCCAGCUGGGCGUUGCCCCCCGCCGCGUGGCCUGUCAGCUGUUGCUGCAGCUGCUGGCGAGAUCUUCUAUUGGGAGCUGCUGGAGUCAUACUUGGCUAAUUAAUGUUCAUGGGUUGUAUUGUGCAGGAUACAGCGCACGACAGAUGGUGGCGGAAACACUUGCAGUGGCCAGCAUCCUCUCCUACAGGAUGUUAGUGACAUAACAGAACCCGUUGCUAAACUACGCUAGAAUCUUCACUCUCAUGGUGAUGGUGAGAUGAUUAUUGACACGGCUAGGCGGGCAGUGAGCACAGAGUAAGACACGCCAGGAGCAGUGAUACGGUGCCGGAGGAAGACAGGCCUAGUGGAUAUUGCCAGCUGGAGUUAGAUCAUCAUGGCUGACAUGGAAGUGAGCGUGGGCAGAGGAAGGGUCAAGACGUGCCUCGAUGACGACGAUGGCGACGAUGAAGUGGAGUCGUGUCAAAGGGGCGGCCUUGCCACACACACCACUUGGACACGCACCGAGGGCUCCAGGGCGGCAUUUGGGUGGCUCAAGGCCAAACUUUUUGAGACUCGGCUUGCCAGCCACGUUCGCCAAGCCCAGAUGGCUCUGGCAGACACUAUAAAGCAUGCCGGGUGGGCCGUGGAACACAAGGUGAGCGAAGUGUCUCGACGUGGAUGGAGUGAAGCUACUCGUGCAUGGGGAAGUGGUGGGUCUGGAGGAGGAACUCUUGCUCUCACAAGUGGUUCAGGGGGGCCACAUGAACGCUCCUCCUUGCUGCUUGGGCCAGGUGACGGAUACCAACGGCUUGACAACAAUAGGUCAGAAUAAUGUGUGUAAUUACCUAAUUGUAGAUGCAGAAAAAAUGCAUUAUGCUCAUUGUGUUCCAUCAUUUCUAUAAAUUUUAUCAAAUUCAGCCUUAAAAGCUGCAAUAUUUUUACUACAUUUAUCUUUCUCCUGAUCGUUGUUUAGUUCCCCAACUAUUUUAUUACUGAAGAAAUAUUGUUUGAAAUUAUUUUUACAUUAAUAUUUCUUGAUUAUGUACUUACAGUAUGUACAAUACUCAUGUUCAAGACAAGCAAUUAGAUGUCUUCUUUAUCAACUUUCUUCACCCCUGACAUCAUUUAUGUGGUGAUCAUAUCUCUACAUUUUCUUGAAAUCCAGUUUUUCUGGGAGAGCCCUCGUGGCUUCCUCUAGCUAUCUCAUCAAGAUGGCUUCUAUCUACUAGGUCACAUCAGCUGUGAAGUUCUGUUUGGCCUACUGUGAACCAGAGCCAGAACUUGGCCACCUCAGACACAGAAACCAGGUGACACUGCCACCCCAACCAGGAAAACAUCCAGAAAGUCAAUGAAUCAAUACAGACCACUGCUGGAUUCAAAGAGACAAAAGCCUCGAGAUUACCAUACGAAUUCCCCAAUGUUUGGGAGUCCUCUUCCACCACCACAGGGUUUUACAGGGUUUACCCACUUAGCUGGCUCCAGUGCCUGGGCUUCCUGUAGGGCUCAUUCACCCUCCAGGCCCUGGAAAACCCCAGGGGGCUUGGUUAUGCAAUAGUACUAUUUCCAAGUCUGCUCUUGCCUUGAGCGAAUUCGUAGGUUGCUCGUCGCCUCUGCCUCUGGGUGACGAUCAUCCAUUCUGCCUCAGCCCUGCUGCCUGUUGAAUUAGGUGACACCUGACCCGAAGGCCUGCAGGUCUUGUUCCACGCUUGUGCUCCAUUUUCACUCAUCCCCAUCUGAUAUUCUGUGGGAUCGAGUAGUGGUCACGUUGCAUAAUCUCUGUGAUGAUAUGUGACAGGUUGUGUGCCAUUUUGGAAGCCCCAGAGCUACCCCGCUUGGGUUUUCGGGACUUGACUUUGGGGGGCGUUGGUCACUUCAGCCUUGCUUCAGUCCGCGCUGCCUCUUCAUUCCCUGGUGGGCGUGUUUGCCUUUUACCUCCCCUUUCUCUUUGCCGGCUCCCGGAUGUCUGUGAGUUUUAGGGUUUAGCUUGAGGUGAGGCUCGGGUGGCUUCGGGAGCUGCCCCUUCCGUUAUGGUGCGGAGGUAAUUGAGCUUCUUCUUCCCACCAAGGCUACAGUCUCUCUCCAGCCGACUCCGUUCUUCAAAGCUUUUUCCCUGGACUCCGCUUGUCCUUUAGGGGCAGUGGAUGUGGACGAGUGUUCUGCCUGGGGGACAUUGAUGAUGAUUUCCUGUAAGAGAGAGACCCUUGUGAAGUGUAUAACUCAGUAGAGACACAAAAACAGUAGUGUUAAAUGUUGAAAAACAGUCUGGAAGUCUUGGAUUUGGAAUCCUUGCCAGUACAAUAGUCAGUUCUGCACAAGUGCAGAGCAUUGUCAUACGAGGAAGGCAUCAGCCCAGAACAGAGUAAACAGCCAAAAAAAAUACAUGUUUAAAAAGUAUAUUCAGGGCUGGAAAAUAUAUAGAAACAAUGGUGUUAAAUGUUGAAAAGAGCCUGGAACUUUAUAAGACAUACAAAUGAACUAUUUGGGGAUACAAGUGGUUAUGAAAUGUUAUUGGAACAGGCAGUUGGACAGAGAGUUGCACGGUCUCUGGGAAUAUGUUGUGUGUGGUCCAGAAGGCCAGUCGUCGCCUGUGUGUGUGACGGUCUCCCACAAUAAUGAUAAGUGCAUUGUGUCUCAUAAGUGCUAUAGCAGUGCUGCUUCUCUGUAUUUUUUAGUGAUUAGCAGUUUUAAACUCAGUUGAUUUAUCAAACACUGUGUGUGGGUGGUGGUUUGUUAUUUUGAUUCAUUCACUCUGAUUUCUGUUCCACAUGGUCUAUACCCCAUCCAUCUUGGUCCACAUUUGUAAAGUGAUUAAGUGUCAGGAUCUUGUAUUGUUAAAGCCCAUGCUACCUUUGUAAUUAGCAAGGAAGAGUAGAGAACUUGGUGACCUUAAGGGGCCAUUAGGUAGUUUUUUAAAUUGUUCGAUUUCAAACUUAUUUGACAAGUUGUAUAUGAAAAGGGUUUCAUCUGGUCCAAGUCUCAGCAUCGUAGCAUAAAUAGGAAGGGAGAAAAAAAUAUUGAGUUAAGUGUCAAAAAAAUUUCCAAAAUUGUCAAAAACGAUUAUUAAACACAAGUGUCAACUGAAAUCAUGUCUAUGACUCUCGGCUA